UGUGCGGGGCGGCACCAUCUUAGCGGGAGGCGGGAAAAGCCGCCCGCUGCCCUGGCGGGCGUGAGGGGUCGCGCCCUAAGGGGACGGGCGUGUCUAUCUAGUGGCCGUACACCGGUGUCUGGUCUGCGCUGCACCGUGCCCGAGGCCGUCAGGUGCCGGCCGGCCCGCCGCUGGGGGUCUCCCCGGGUGGGCACUCCCUCAGCCGCGGCGGGAGACACCAGGAGCCGCCUCUUUUGUGUGUGGGGCCAGGCCCGGCCGCCGUGCUGUGCCUCGGCAGCGCCGGCGAAACUGAGCCGAAAAUCCGCGAGCAGAGCGGUGCUGGGAGAGGACGGAGAGCUCGGAGUUCCCCUGGCGCCGAGGUUGUUCGGGAAAGAAAAACUUCACAGCCUUCCGAAAUACAAAACUCAUUCCCAUGGAAACAUCCUCAUCCUCUGAUGACAGUUGUGACAGUUUUGGUUCUGAUAAUUUUGCAAACACAAAAUGCAAAUUUAGGUCGGAUAUUGGAGAAGAACUGGCAAAAAUUUUUCAUGAAGCCUCUGAUGAUGAAUCUUUCUGUGGCUUUUCAGAAAAUGAGGUUCAAGAUGCGUUGAAACUGGAAUCGGAUUCAGAGGAGAAUGAUACAAGUGCAGAAAGUGAGGUAGCUCAGAGAGGGCGGAAAUGCUCUGUUCCUCUAAAAGUAGCCAUAAGGUUUCCACCUCGAAGAUCAGAGAGGAGGAAGGGUGAGAUAGAACCUCUUCCCGAAACACCAAUGCCUGCUUCAGAUUCAGACUCUGACACUGAACACAAGGGCGCCAUGUUUUUAGAAAAAAGAGCUUUAAACAUAAAGGAAAACAAAGCAAUGCUUGCAAAACUAAUGGCUGAGUUGCAAAAUGUUUCUGGUAUCUUUGGUGGGAGAAAGUCAUUGCCAGCUGUCAGUCAUGGACCAAAGCGACUUCCAAGGCGUUCAUCACCCAGAUGUGCUUUGAGGAGGAACCCAGACCGAAGUUCUCGGCCUCACACAAGGUCCAGGUCCUUGAUCGAAGGUCCUCCUACUGUUUUACCAGAAGAGGAAGAAGAUGACCAGUACAUCUUAGUGAGAAGAAGAAAGGUGUCUGAUGAAUACCUGGAGCAUGAAGCCCAAUCUCCCAGGAGGGGUCACCGUGGUGCCAUGGCUUUUCCACACGUUGUGCGCCCAGUUGAGGACGUAACAGAGGAAGAGCUCAAUAAUAUUUGUGGAUCUGCAAGAGAAAAAGUAUAUAACAGGGCCAUGGGAUCCACCUGUCAUCAGUGUCGCCAAAAAACCAUUGACACCAAGACAAACUGCCGUAACCCUGACUGCGUGGGAGUACGGGGCCAGUUCUGUGGGCCCUGCCUCCGCAACAGAUACGGGGAGAGUGUCAGAACAGCCCUGCUGGAUCCGACAUGGAGGUGCCCACCAUGUCGUGGAAUCUGCAACUGUAGCUUCUGCAGACAAAGAGAUGGCCAAUGUGCAACAGGUGUUCUGGUCUAUCUGGCCAAGUACCAUGGCUUUGACAAUGUCCAUGCCUACUUAAAAAGUCUGAAACAAGAACUUGGAAUGGAAGACUGAAGCUGUGACUGCCUUUAAAUUUCAUACUCUCUCACCAGUGUCAUAUUAUUGCCUACAGUGAAUUGUUUAAUCAAAUGAGAUUACGAAGUGCCUUCCUUCCCUCCCCUUUUGGGUAAAAAAGGAUAAAGAACUUUCAUUUAUUUCAGUAUAAAUCAUACUUGAGAAAACUGUUUAACGAAGGUCUUCGCCCACAGGCCAUUGUUUUCUCUUUAAACAGCUUUGCAAAAGAGGUAGUAUAAAUAUCAGUCCUCGCUUUCAUGCUGGUAACUUCUUUUUUUUUUUUUUUCCCUGAAAGGAGAUGGGGCUUUAAGCCAUUAGUUUCACUCAUGCAGUAAUCUGUGCUGCAGGCUUACUUAUGCUUUGAAAUUGGUCACAAAAAGAUAUUCUGAAAACUCAGGGCACUUUUCUCCACAGAACUAAACAACCAACUUCUGCAAUACAGACACCUACUAAACAUUAAUGAUCAAUUAAUCAAUUUGGAAUUCUCUGAAACAGCAGCAUGUUCUUAAGUUCAAAAACGAAGUUUUAAAAAGUUGCAGCCAAGCAGUCUCCAAGCACUAAUUUUUUGGUUUUACAGAGUACUAAAAGUACACAUUGUCCAUUUCAAAGGAGGUUCUCUGAGUGACUUAAAAAUGCAGCAGAAGCAGUUUGAGGUGGCACUUUGUAUUUUUGUUUAGAUGAGAGAAGGCCACUGCUGAAAGCUUCUACAGCACUAGUGCUGCCUGUUGGUGACAACAAUGUGAACGUACUGGUACACAUUAUGGAGUGACCACUGUCUGAAAUGGAAUGUACCCUUUGUUAAAUCACUGUUAUGGUGGACUCUCCUCCCUGCUCUUGCUGCAACUGCAGAACUGCUUUGCAGAAUCAGCAACGGUCCUGGGAAAGAGGGAUGCCUCCAGAUGAGGGCUUGGCGAAGUAGGGGGGUAGUGGUUCAUGUGGCUAUUGGCCAGCUGCAAGUGGAUGAAAGGUGGUAACUUGUUUAAUUUGUCAGGAAAAGUGGCAAUGCAUGUUUCUGCGUCUGGCUCCAUGUGAUUGUGGAAGGCUGUUUCACAUGAUGUUUAUGAAACAACUCUCAAAUCUUUGUUCGUGAAGCCCAGCCAUGGUAUGAAACAAGUACAGCAGAAACGGAGCCAAAGAAUUCCAAUAUGCUGUGUGCAUGGUGUCUCCUGGACACUGCUGUAGAAAAGAAGGUGCCACGAAAAUUGCAUCCAGAGAACCACAAAGUGUAAAUGUGCUUAGUUUGGUUAUGGAAACUACUGUGUAAUCUUUAUGUAAGGUUUAGAACGCAAUGUUACAAAUAAUGUACAGUUCAAUAGUAGAAGAAUCAACAUGGGUUUAGACUUCUCUGCAUGCACAGUACUUGCUCUGUGUGUAUUCAUAAUGAUCCACAGUUUAUUCCUUUCUGGGGAUUGCAUAAGUGUGUGUGGGAGGGGAAGAGAGAGGAAUUUAGAAACAAAAGAUAUUUAUGUCUCAGUCUUGCAGUUAUGUUUCAUAAAUCAUUUCUCCUAUUGAAAAUCUCCUGUCCUCUCUUGAUGUGUUUUUAUAGUGUGAAUAGCUCUGCAAUCUGAGGUGGAGAGUGCUCUUCCGUCUAGGUACAUUUUGUGAAGAAGGAGCUCAUUUUAGAAAUACAUGUUCCGACAGAUAAAAGUGGUGGUUUUUUUUUUUUUGUUUCCUCCUAAUUGCUUGGCUUUCCUUCUGAUUGCUAGAGUGUGAAAGAACUGUGCUAAAAGCAAACCCUUGUGUCAUAUUAUGGAGACUGCUGUAUUUAGAUUUACUCAGAUCUUCAAUGUUCUGUACAACAUUUUUUAUUUUGAAAAUAAAAAUUUUCAGGUUUA